AUGAGUCAUCAUACUUUGUCUAGCGAACGCCGUCCUGUCUUCUACUUUAUCGGGGACUCCAUCACAGAAUUCGGUAGUGACAGUGACGAAUGCGGAUUCAUCACUACUCUCCAAAGUCAUUAUGUGCGCUCAGUCGAUUGUAUUAAUCGUGGGCUCUCUGGAUAUAACUCCAAAUGGGUACAGGAAUAUGCAAUGCCCAUUUACGCAAAGGAAUUACAAUCUACAUACACUGCAUCCUUCGUUGCAAUUUUUCUCGGAGCUAAUGAUGCAGUGCUAGAGCACGGCCCUGAAAAAGCACAAUAUGUGUCACUAGAAGACUAUCGAGUCAAUUUGCAAAAGAUUUUGCACAAGGUGCAGCCAUUGCUGGCUCCUAAAGGCCAAGUGCUGCUAAUCACACCGCCCUGUAUUAUUGACUCGGCGCGUCAUAAUGACCGCAGCAACGCAUCGGCGGCCAAAUAUGCCAAGGUUUGUGUCGACUUGGCUACUGCUGAAAAUGUUCAUGUCUUGGACUUGCACACGUACUUUAACACGACAUUUCCUGAUGAAAAUGUCCGCAAAACGUAUUUUAUGGAUGGACUGCAUUUUUCUGAGAAUGGCAACAAGGAGAUGAGCAAGUUGCUAAGCAUCGCUAUGAGCGAUAUGUUUGACAAGGAGGAACGAGACAAGUUCAAAAAGUGGCGAUUGCCAGAUUGGAAGAAAUUAGUUAGUUAUGAAGAACUACGUAGGGGAAAUGAAUAA